AUGACUUCGCUGGGAACUGCGAAAGUCUGUGAGUGGGUGGGAAGAGGCUGCUCGCAGGGCGGAGUACUUUCCCCACUUUUAUGGUGCCUGGUAGCAAAUGGUUUAUUAAAGGCACUGGACGAUAGAGACUUCACUGCACAAGGCUACGCGGACGACGAGGCAAUACUUGUGCGAGGCCCUUUUCUGGAGACGUUUCUAGAGCUCAUGCAGGGGGCACUGGAAGUUGUAGAAGAGUGGUGUCAGAGAACGGGUUUGGCGGUAAAUCCACUAAAAACCGGUCUUACUGUCUUCACUCGCAAAUACAAGGUGGGCACCAUUGUGGGACCCACUCUUGUAGGAGUAAAGUUAGUUCCGACCGAAUCAGUGAAAUAUUUGGGAGUUAUCCUGGAUAGGAAACUGCUUUGGGAGAGCACUUUUGUAACCACCGUAGUAUGGUGGACUAGGGUGCAAAAGAAAACAGCCAAAGUUGCGCUGGAGCAUGUCAGGGCUCUGAUUUUGAGAGGAGCCCUAAGUGCUAUGGUUACGACACCAGUGGCGGCGAUGGGCGUAAUGUUCGGCAUCGAACCGUUUCAUCAGGUGGUGGUGGCUGCGAAAGCAGUGGCGAAAUACCGUCUAAGAUGCAAACAAAAAUGGAAGAAAGGAGCCCGGCAUACGAGGCUGCCGGAAGACGUUCUGUUGGAUCCGAUAUUCGAGAUGCGACAGGACAGAAUACCUAUUAUUCGGGCUUCUGAUAGGCACUUUAAAGUGCAUAUACCGAGGCCGGAGGAGUGGGAAAAGGAAGGUGGAAACCUAGGGGCUCGAGUGCGUGGAGGGGAUGUCUGGUAUACGGACGGCUCCAAGACGGACACGGGCUCCGGGGCCGGCUUCUUUGGCAGUCGAGAGGGAUGGAAGGUAGAAGCGGGAGAGCACAUCAGAAUUUGUACGGACAGCCAGGCAGCCAUCAAGGCGCUGGGGGCUCCGACAAUAACAUCGCGGUUGGUUCAGAAGUGCAGAGGCGUUCUGAACGAAUUGGCGAGAGAGAGAGAAGUCACCGUUACAUGGGUGCCUGGUCACUCAGGCAUCCAGGGUAAUGAAUGUGCGGACCAGCUGGCAAAAGCGGGUUCAGAGACAACGAUGGUAGGACCGGGGCCGGCUCUAGGAAUCCCCUUUUGUCUAGGAAAGGGGAGGAUCAAAGAAUGGCUCCGCAGAGAACAUCUAAGACACUGGAGAGUGGAAUCUGAGUCCAAAUGCAGACAGGCUAGAGCUCUGAUGGAAGAUACUCCUAAUAGAAAACUGACUUGGAGCAUAAGGGCUCUGAGUAGGAGAGAUGCCAGGACAGCGGUACACAUACUGACUGGUCAUGGCACCUUAAACUACCACAUGUACAAGCUUGGGCGUAGCGAUACAUCCAAGUGCAGGACAUGUGGAGACGACGAGGAAACAAGCCUUCAUGUGCUCUGCGACUGUCCUGCACAGGCAGGGUUGAGACACAAGAUGCUGGGCUCAGCACUACUUGGGUCCGAGCAGAUCAGGAAGCUGCCGGUGAGAGAUCUGAUUCUCUUUUGGAGAAAAACUGGUCUCUCAUGA